UGCUUCAUUGAGCACAGCAGCUGAGCUCGCCGUAUCCAUUGAGUCGAUCGCGAUCGCUGUGGCCCGCUCAGUGCCGACAGUAAACACGGAACGCGUCACACGCGCCCACCGCUGUGUACGCGUUUGCCUCUAUUUUCUUUUUCACGCGGGCUUUUGGCGGGAAGUUUGACAGUUUACUUUUUAUAAAAAACAUAAAGACUUUUUUAUGGAAAUAUUGUAAUAAAAAUAUAUUUGACUGGUGAAAUGAGUGUUUAGAUUGUGAUCAAAUCGACUUGCAAAACAAAACACUGUGAACUGCCGAGAUGACGUCUGUGUACAAUGAGGGCAAGUCGGUGAUUCGACCAAUAGCGUUUAAGCCUCUAGGCGGGAGGCUCUCAGCUGGCGGUGAACGGUAUGGUUCAACUCCGGUGUUGGCUAGCAGGCCACCUUCACACAUGACGCUCUAUGGCAGUUCAUCAGACGUCCGCGAGGCGCGCUGGUGCGGGUCCCCGCAGCCCGCGUCGCUAUCCGCUUUGCCGCCCGCUAACCUCUCCGCUCCGCUUCACCAACGACAUCACUCCGCUAUCGUAACUAAAUCGAAUUCGGUGGUGAGCGGGGGAGACAACAAGGAACCUGCGCCGGCGCCGUCUCCCGCCGACUCCGGAGUAUCUGAACUGGAGCGUGAUCAACAUGAUUACAGCACGACAGAUCGUCUCCGAAGUCACGAAGUGCGACUGCGAGCGCCUCGCGGGCUGAUGCUGCAAAACUAUGGGUCUCGCUCGCACGAAAGGGACGCCGAACUGGCGCGAGUGAGACGGGACAGGGCUCUUUUACGGCAACGACUGGAGGACACGGAGUGGAGUCUGUGCCAGCGAGCAGGGGAAAUAUCACUGCUCAAAACACAGCUCAAGGAUGCACAGAAUGAACAAACAGCCAAAGGGCACGAGUACCUCACACUGAAAGCAGACUGCCGCCAACUAAGAGAAGCUUUGGACAAGAAAGAGAAAGAAAUAAUGAGGCUCCGAGCGGAAUCAGAAGAAAAAGAGAAGACUGCAAACCGACUACAGAUACAAGUAGACAAACUGACCAACGAUUUAACAGAGAGCGUCUCCGACUUAACAAAGACUAAAGAAACAAGCAAAAACGAGAUAGAACGACUGAAAACAGAAUUAAAAGAACUAAGACAAGAACUAUCGGAUGUAUCCCUCAGCGGUUACGAAGGCAUCGAAUGCGGGAGAACAAUGAGAGGUAUAUACGAUGUGUGUAAAAGUAAUGAGUAUCAUUGGAAUUCCAAUGAUAGUGCAUUGGAAGAUGCUGAAGUACAAAGACUCAAUGGUGAGUUACCCGAUUCGUGUGGGGAACCGUGUCCAGCCAGUCAGAUGGUGGAACGGCUCAAAUGCGAAUUGGAAGCUAAAGAAGCUCAGUUUAAUAUCGAAAGAAGGAAAUGGUCUGAAGAGAAGGACAAAGUGUUGAGAUAUCAGAAACAGUUACAACUGAACUAUGUACAAAUGUUCAAAAGAACGCGCACCUUAGAAGCGGAACUAGACGGUCUCAGACUCGAGUUGGAUAUGUGCAACAAGAAUAUGAAAAACAUAAACAAACACGGAAAGGCAAUAGAAUUGUAAACACUACCAAAUUAGAUAGAUUUAAUAUUUAUAAAGGCUAUUUUGUUUAGUAAACGACAUUGUAAAUAUUUUCUAGGUUAAUACGCCGUAUGGUUUUCUUGCCCGAUGAUGUUAUAUAAGAGUUUCCGAACUUAUUACUAAGUUUCAAGGAAUAAUACUCGAGUGACCCUAGCGACAAUUCAAGAUAUAUUAUUGUACAUUUGAUUAGAUUAAGAGCGUAGGACACUUUUAAAUACGGUUUACACAUUAAGUAUUAAAAUUUAAGUUAUUCUAGAUAUAAAUAAAAGUAUUUUGAAAUAUUUCUACUG